AAAUAUGUUAUCAUUUGAUUAUUUAUUGAAGCCAUUCGACUCAUUUGACUAAUUGGUGAUGAGCAGUGUCAAAGAUUUAAACAUUUCAGAGGACAAAGUUAGACUUGUUUCAUAUUUUGUAAAAAUUAGAAUUCAUUACUAGCUAUUUUGCAUUCCUAUAGCCAUAAUAUUUAGUAAGUUAAAAUCAAGCAGAAUAAGAUUAAUAUAUAACAUCUUUUUUGGAGUAUUCUUCACUUUGUUCUUGGGGAGGGAAUGGUUUGUGUAUAUUAAUAUUACCACUAUAUUGGUAUAUUUUAUAUCAACAAUUCCAACUAAAAAUGUAGUGAUACCAAUAACAAUAACAGCAUUUGUUGCUUUAUCAUAUGUCCAUCUAUUUAGAUAAUGGGUAAUAUAGAUAAAAUAUUAUUAGUUUGAUUACAUGUCUUGGAAAAUUGAUUUUUCAGUAAUAUAGAUGACUGUAACAUGCAGAUUAAUUUAUUAUGCCGUAGAUUUAUAAGAUGGAAAAGCUUAUGACACUGGAUUUUGGACAUAUUACUCAUACAUAUUUUCCUUUUUUAGCAUAAUGAUUGGGCCUGUCCCAUAUCAUAAUUAUUUAAAUCUGCUUAAUUAAAAAGAAGAAUAUUCUAAUAUUAAAUUUAAUUAAUAUAAAUCAGUUAUUACUAAUUUAAUAAAGGCUUUAUUAUUUUGUGCUGGUGAAAUAUGGAUAAGACCAUAUGUUGAUUAUGAUUGGUAUGAUUCACCAUAAUGGAAUUAAUUGAAUCUUCUAGAAAAGAAUCUAUUAUAAGCAAUAAUAGGUUUAGUUGCUAGAAUGAGAUAUUUUGCUGGAUUUAAAUUUACUUAAGCUGCAAUGGAUGCUGUUGGUAUUACUUAUAAUGAAGAUUCAUGUAUAUCUUAUAUUUAAAUAAUGAAUAGAAUAAUUUGAUAAAUUCAUCACUUGUGAUUAUUCCUAUGAAAAAGAUGUGAGUGCAAUUCAUAAAACCACGAAAUGGAAUACUACUGUACAAAUAUGGCUCAAAUAUUGUUUUUUUGAUAAAUUAUCCAUUCUUUUUAAUGUCUCUACAGCUUAUUACAUGACUUAUGGAAUAAGUGCAUUAUGGCAUGGUUUUUAUUUAGGAUAUUAUUAAACCUUUUUUUGGUGGGCAUUAAUUAAUCAGAAUUGCAAGUAUGUUUAUAGAUGUAGAGAUAAAUUUUAAUGGUAUAUAAUUAUUAUAAACAUUAUAAAGGAUUCCAUCAACACUCAGAAGUAUUAUAGCCUUUACCUAUUGUACAUUUACUAUGAAUCAAAUCGCUAUGACUAUGGGUUUGUUAGAUUGGGAUAAAGGAAUGAGAUUCAAUAACAGUAUGUAUUGGUCUGGACCUAUUGCAGUCUUAAUAGUAUUCUUCUUUUUCUUCAUUACUCAAUAUGGAUAAAAAAGAAGAAAGUGAAGACAUUAUUU